UUAUUAUUUAUUUUUUAGUUUUACUGUUUUUAGGCUUUGUGCCUCUGUCAGUACCCAUGACAAAAUAAAUUAUUUUGUCAUGUCAGUAACAUAUUUUUUUCUUCACUGAUAGACUUGUUGACGUGUAGAAAUCUUAGUUAUUGUUCUAUUAGUGUAAUAAGCAAAAUAUUAGGUCUUUUGGUAAUUAUAUUAAUUAUUAUUUAGAAGAUGGUUAAUUCAUCAUCAGAAAAAAGUUCAACUCCUUGUACUCGGCUGAGAUUGAAAAAUGAAUUGUCUUCUUCUAGAAGGUCAUUAAGAUACAAAAAUUUUAAUGAAAUAUCAAAUGAAUGUGACUCGCAUAAUAAUUCUUCAAAAACAAAAACUCCACAAUCUACUAAAAAAGUAGACACUGUAACUGAACCAAAUAAUAGACGUCUUGUUGAAGAUACAAUUAUAGAAUUAUGUGAAUUAAAAUUGAAUAUAAAGCGUGUAGAUGAAUCUAAUUAUGUGUCAACACUGUCUCCUAGCAUGUUAAAAAUGACAAAUGAAAAACUUAAAGAUAAUGGGUUGGAUAAAUUUUCAAGUCUUCCAUCUACACCAAAAGUGAAUUCAAGGAAAUCACUGCGUUGGAGUGAACGUCACGAUAAUGAUCUUUUAAAUUUAGUUGAAGAGGCUUUGAUUGAGAGUGACAUUACUGAUACUGAAGAUGAAUUAUCAAACAUACCAAAAAGACGGUCACGGAGAGUUUCUUCAUCAUCUUCUAGAAAAUCUAAUGAUGUUACUAAUAUAUUAUCAACUAAACGUCUAAGAAAAUCUGUAGAUCGAUUUGGUGAUGUGAUAGAUUUGAAUGAAAUUGAAACACCAGAUUCUCCUGAAAAAAAACGCACGAGACAAUCUGCUGAUGAAAACAUUAAUACUCCUAAAAGUAAUAAAAAAGGUAGAAAAAUAUCAAUAAUUGACGAAGGUGAAAAUGCAGAUUUUAAUAUUGAUAUUUUGAAGACUCCUAUAAAUAAGAAUUCAAGAAAAUCACAGCGCUGGAGUGAACGUCAUGAUAAUAAUCUCUUAAAUUUAGUUGAAGAGGCUAUGAUUGGUGGUGACAUUACUGAUACUGAAGAUGAAUCAUCAAACAUACCAAAAAGACGUUCACAGAAAGUUUCUACGUCAUCCUCUAAAAAAUCAAAUGCCGUGACUAAUACUACACCAUCUAAACGUCUAAGAAAACCUGUGGAUCGAUUUGGUGAUUUGGUAGAUUUAAAUAAAAUUGAAACACCUGAUUCGUCUCCUGAAAAAAAACGCACAAGACAACCUGUUGAUGAAAAUAUAAAUACUCCUAAAAGUAAUAAAAAAGGUAGAAAAGUAUCAAUAAUUGAUGAAGAUGAUGAAGCAGAUAUUUGGAAGACUCCAAAGAAUAAACAUUUAAGACAAUCUGUCACUCCUCGUUCUGGCUCUAGAGUGCGUCGUAGUAUUUUACAAGAUAUACCAGAAAAUAAAGAAAUUGAGAUUUCGACACCAAAAACACCAAGAAAAACUCCCAAAACGCACGUUAAAAACUUGACAGCUUCAGUGAGUAAAAGAUUGGAUAGUGGAGCGAGAAUUCCGUGCAGUCCUUUAGAAAAAGCAAGAGCAAAUUUACAUUUACAUGCUGCUCCUAAGCAUUUACCAUGCCGUGAAUUUGAAUAUAAAUCUAUACAUUCUUUCUUAGUUAGAAAAAUUAAUGAUGAGUUAACUGGGAGUAUGUAUAUCAGUGGUGUUCCUGGUACUGGAAAAACAGCAACAGUUAAGAGAGUAAUAGAUUCACUAAAUGCUGAUUUAUUGAUGAAACAUAGUUUUAAAUUUAUUGAAAUAAAUGGUUUAAGGCUUGCCAAUCCACACCAAGCCUUUUCAGUCAUAUGGAAAGACCUAACUGGAGAAACAGUAUCAUCUUCUCGAGCUCAAACACUUCUUAAUGACUAUUUUUCUAGCAAAAAAGUUAAAGAGUUGUCUACAAUUUUAUUAGUUGAUGAAGUGGAUCAUAUUUGUAAUCGUAAACAAGAUGUUGUGUAUAAUAUACUUGAUUGGCCUAGUCAAACUGGUUCAAAAGUGGUUGUAAUAACAAUUGCUAAUACAAUGGAUUUGCCUGAACGAGUGUUAAGAGGAUGUGUCACUAGUAGAAUGGGAUUGACCCGAUUAGUAUUCAAGCCAUACACAUUCCAGCAAUUACAAGAAAUAAUAAUGAAUAGAUUGAUAGGAAAUUCUACAUUUGAUCUAGAUGCUGUUCAAUUAGUGGCAAGGAAAGUAGCAGCAAUAUCAGGUGAUGCAAGACGAGCUCUGGACAUUUGUCGUCGAGCUAUUGAUUUAAUUAAAUCUGAAGAUGAUUCCCAAUUAAUAACCAUUAACCAUGUAAAUCAGGUGUUAAAUUCAAUACUUUCUGGUGUUCGUGUAACUGCUAUCAGGUGUUGUUGUCUUUUUGAACAAUUUUUUCUCAGAGCACUUAGAGAUGAAACAUCUAGUACGGGUAUCGAGCAUAGUACUAUUGAGUCAGUUUAUACACAAUUGAAAAGCAUUUGUUUGCUUGAAGGUGAAGAGUUGCCAAAUGAACAACAAAUACUUAUAAUAGCAUAUAGAUUAAGGGAUAGCGGUCUCAUUUUUUUGGAAAAGAAGAGAUGGGACAUAUUCCGUAAAGUAUCACUCAAUGUUAGCCCAGAGGAUAUCAGUUACGCUUUAGAUAAAUAUAACGAUUAGAUUAGCUUAUAAUAAUAAUCAUAUAUUUGUAUUAUACUAUUUAUUUUUUCUUACUGUGACUUAUAUACUUGGUAUACCCAUUUUAAAUUUUCAUUUCAUUCAUUAGAAUAUUUUGUUAAUUUAUAUUUUUAAUUUUUUUUAAAUGUUUUACACUUAACAACCUGUAAGUACAUUAAUGUAACAAUAUUUUUUUAAUUUAAAUUGUAUUUGAAAUAUUUAUUAAGUAUAUUUUUGUAUAGAUCUUCCACUUUUUA